GGCUUAAAGAUUUAUCUGAUGUUCAGGGAUGUGUGUAUUCCUGUUCAGAGAAUGAUUUCUCUGUUGCUUUCUGUCCUGCUCCUGUUACUCCUGCUGAAGCUUUCAGCCUCUGAGAAUAGGACAGAGAAGGCACCCUGCUUCCCUCAAAUCAGUCCCAUACUUGUCAGAAAUGGGGAUUUCAUGAUUGGGACUUUUCUCCCCAUGUAUUCAGUUGAAGUGAGCAGUGUCACAGGAGCAGGACUCUUUGGAAGUAAACCUGACAAGAACUGUCAGAAUUAUAAGUGGCUAUACAAAAAUUACCAACAAGCUCUGACCCUAAGGUUUGCUGUAGAGGAGAUCAACAAGAACCCUAACCUGUUGCCCAACCUCACCCUGGGAUUCCACCUCUACAACACCUACCACAGUGAUGAGAGGACUUUGGAGAGCUCCCUGCCGUGGCUGUCUGCGCAUAGCCAGCUCCUACCUAACUACAGCUGCUGGGAGCAGGACAAGUCUGUAGCUGUUAUUGGAGGAGCCACAUCAGCUCUGUCUGUCCAGAUGGGGACCCUGCUGGAACUCUACAAAUAUCCACAGAUCACCUUUGGGCCAUACGAUCCCAUCCUGUGUGACAAGGUUCACUUUCCUUCUCUUUACCAGAUGGCCCCCAAGGACUCUUCCCUACAUAAAGGUCUGGUCAGACUUAUGACUCAUUUUGAAUGGACAUGGGUAGGUCUGGUGACAGUGGAUGAUCUGAGAGGUGAGGAAUUUCUUCAGGAAAUAAUUUUGGAGAUGGAAAAUAAUGGUGUCUGUGUGUCCUUCACAGAAAAGAUCCCUGUUAGUGAGAGAAGCCACACAGAAUCACAAGUGGCAUUCAUGCCCAAGAUCAUUGCAUCAACAUCUAAAGUGAUUUUCAUUCAUGGGGACACAGAUUCGUUAAUGAUCUUGAGAUAUUCACAAACUCCUCCUGUCACAAUUGCUAAGGUAUGGGUCAUCACCUCUCACUGGGACAUUACCAUGAGACCACAAUUUAUUGAUGGUUAUAUAUUCCAUGGGGCUCUUACAUUUUCACACCUAACAAAUGAUGUUCCAGGUUUUAAGCAUUUCCUCAGGACUGUGAACCCUGCUAAAUAUUCGGAGGAUAUUUUACUGAAAGAAUUUUGGUACUCAGCAUUUUUAUGUACAGAUGAAAUUGAAAAGUUGGAGCAAGAGAAAUGUUCAUCAAAUGCCUCAUUGGAGACUUUGCCUUUGCUUUACUUUGACAUGACCAUGUCUGACUUGAGUUACAGCAUCUACAAUGGUGUCUAUGCUGUGGCUUGGACCCUUCAUGAAAUGUUUUUGAUCAAAUCAGAAGAAAGAUCCAUGGUAAAGGGAGAAAGCUGGGUGCCUCAUCCAUGGAAGCUCCACUCAUUUCUAAAGAAUAUACAGUUUAACAACAGUGCUGGUGACCAGGUGUUCAUGGAUGAGAAUAGAAACCCUGAGGCUCAAUAUAACAUCCUGAACUAUGUAAUUACUGUGGAUACUGAUGCUCUGGUGGAAGUUGGACAGUUUAUCCCCAAGGCUGAGACUGGUCAAGUUUUCAACAUUAAUGAGGAGGCCAUAGUGUGGGGCCAGACAUUUUACGAGAUUCCCUGUUCCACGUGCAGUGAAAGCUGUGGUCCUGGGUUCAGGCAAACUCCAUUGGAAGGAGAACCCAUCUGCUGUUUCAAUGGUUCUCUGUGCCCUGACGGGGAGAUCUCUGAUCAGAUGAAUAUGAAGCAUUGUGUGAAGUGCCCAGAAGAUGAGUAUCCAAACAAGGAAAGAAAUCAAUGCCUCCCCAAAGUUGUGACUUUCCUGAAUUUUUCAGAACCUUUGGGGAUGGCACUAAUCUGUGUGGCUCUUUCUUUCUCUCUAAUGACAGCUCUGAUUCUCUGUAUAUUUGUGAAGUUUCAAGACACAGCCAUAGUGAAAGCCAACAACCGAUCCCUCAGUUACACUCUCCUCAUCUCCCUCAACUUCUGUUUCCUCUGCUCCUUGCUCUUCAUUGGCCAUCCAACGUCAGUCACCUGCCUCCUUAGACAAACAACCUUUGGGAUUGUGUUCACUGUAGCCAUGUCCUCCAUUUUCGCCAAAACCAUUAUGGUAGUCCUGGCUUUCAGGCUUACAACACCAGGGAACAGAGGUAGAAUGUGGGUGCAAUCCAGAGUAUCCAACGCUGUUGUCAUUAUCUGUUCUGGGAUUCAAGUGAUUCUCUGCGGCAUCUGGUUAGGAAUCUCUCCCCCUUUCCCAGAGAGUGAUAUACACUCUGAACCAGGACAGAUCAUCAUUGGGUGCAAUGAAGGUUCUGUCACUGCCUUCUACUCUGUCCUGGGCUACGUGGGAUUCCUAUCAUUGUGCAGUUUCACAGUGGCUUUCCUGGCUAGGAACCUUCCUGACACCUUCAAUGAAGCCAAGUUCAUCACAUUCAGCAUGUUGGUGUUCUGCAGUGUCUGGGUCUCCUUCCUCCCAACACACCAAAGUGCCAAGGGCAAGGCCACAGUUACUGUGGAAAUCUUUUCCAUCCUGGCAUCCAGUGCUGGGAUACUGAGCUGCAUCUUUAUUCCCAAAUGUUACAUGAUUCUGCUUAGACCAGACAGAAACACUCAGGAAAGUAUCAAGAAUAAAGUAGACCAUAGGGGCAGGAAUCACUCUACAUCAGCGUCUGCUAAUUUCUUCCAGAAUCAUAACCAAUUUUAA